AGGGUUUAAGGCGCCACAGUAUAUACCACACCAACGUGGGCAAGGAACGCACUGCGUCUCCAAGGAAUCCUGGGGAGAGCAAGGGCAGGAGCUAUGGGGAACUCGUGUGUUACUGGCGCCAGCAGCCAUUCAAAGAAGGAGCAGACCCAGAAAGCCGUCGAGGCACCACCUUCUCCUGUGGAGCAGACAACCUUCAAGUGGACAAUCGAUGGUUUCUCCUCACUCCUUGACUUGGAUAAAGGAUGGACAGCCUCCAGGGUGUUUGAGAUCAGUGGGCUCAGAUGGUACUUGAAACUGAACCCAAGGGACACCAAGAGUGGCGACCAAAAUGAAUAUGUUUCUCUUCGGCUUGAGCUGUCGCCAGCAUCCGUGAGAUCUGACACGGUCGUGGAGGCAACUUACAAGUUCUUUAUAUAUGACCAGUUAAACGGAAAGCACCAUGAACAACCUCAAGUGUGCCACAAUUUUCAGACUACAAGCACAAGGUCUGGGACAUCAUGCAUGAUCCCCCUCGCCACACUGAAGGAAAAGUCCUCUGGAUUCCUUGUCGAAAACAGCUGUGCUUUCGGUGUCGAGUUUAUCAAAGUUACUGCUGCUAAAACUAAUGAUGCGACAGAGAAGCUGUUUGUUCAGAAGAAGAUAAACAAAGUCUCGAGUAUUCCAGAAGUCUACACCUGGGACAUCGAGGACUUCUUUGCGCUCAAAAGCCCGAGCCACUCUCCAGAUUUUGAGCUCCAUGGACACAAAUGGUUCAUCACCAUCGAUCCAUCUGGAUUCGAUAAGAAUGGAAACUUUAUCUCCUUGUCCUUGACCAUGAAGGUGACGGACACACUCCAUGAGAACUCCGCGAACCUGGUAGAAUUGGACAUACGCAUCAAAAACCAGGGAAGUGGCAAGGACAAUGUACAAAAAGGCCGGUGCGAGUUCUCAAAGAAUGCUAAUAGAUGGGGAUGGGGCAAUUUCAUAUCACUGGAAGAUUUCAAGGACUCUUCAAAUGGUUAUCUCGUGAAAACGAAAUGCUGCAUUGAAGCUAAGGUUGCCGUUAUUGGUGCCUCCAAAAUGGAGUAGCUAGACUGCACGUCUUCCCUGUAUUGACAUGUGCCAAAUGCUUAUGCUCGUAUGUGCGUUUACGAAUGUGCCUGUAGUUGGCUACUUGGCUUGAACCGCGAUUCUGCCUCUGUAUCUUUUAUGUUUAUUGUUUGGUCGUGUCGAACUUACUUAA